GUAAUAUUAAAUUAUGUCAAAUACUCCGGUUACACCGUCUACAAGCAUCAAUAAAAAAAGGUCUUCUUUACCCUUUUCAAUUAAAAGAAAAAAGAAAAAUAGUUCUUCGCAAAUCGACUUUGAUCCUUUAUUAUUGGUGACUACAGACGUGACUCUCGGAAAAAAGAAUGAACAAUGUCAACAGCAACAUGAACAAAAGACUGUCUAUCAUUAUUUACCCUCUAAAACUGCUUCUGAAUCUCACAUAAAACUAUUAGACAAAGAAGAACAAAUCAAGUCAUUAGAGGAAGACCUGAUUAAAGUACAACGAGACCUAGACUUCACUCGACACAGAUAUCGCUUGAAAGAGAAUGAAAUGAACGCUUUUGAAAAAGAGAUAAAAGAGACGUAUGCCAAAGAAAAGAACGAGCUCGAGCUUGAAUUCAAUGUUUUCAAACAAGCACAUAUUGACAAAAUACAAACCCUCACGUGCGCCAUUGAAAAGCUAUACAAACUAAACCUACUCUAUCGAUAUCAUUUAAAAAAGAAUCAAAUUGUUAUUCAAGAGGAAGAAGAACAAGAAGCUAUAACAGCAGACGACUUCCGUCUAAGUCAUAUCAUUCCGUCAGAAGAGCCAUUUACCAGCAGCAACAACGUCCAUCUGAACAGUAAAAUGACACAGGAUAUGGAAAAAGUCUUUAAAACUGUCUUUCAACAACUUCAACCACAACAGCAACAACAAGACGCGAAAAGACGUGCUUUGUUAUGGUCCAAUCUGUUUGUAAGCGUAUAAUAUCUUUUUUUUUAUGCCUUGUCUUGGGCUACCGAUACAGCUAUCACUGAUAGAAAACGAUCUAACUCUUCCAUAGGCCACUACCAAGUUGAUCAAAGAUGAGGUAGAUCGGUUUCAUGCCUGGAAAUCUGUUCCUGUUGCUGACUUGAUAAACCUACUCCGGGCUGAUAAUAAUCCCGC